AUGGACUUAGAUUAUAUAAUAACAGAUAAAGCAGACACCUGUGAGAGCUAUACAGUGGUGUCCUUAAAGCAGCGCAUGAUCGAUGGGAAGAGAGCACAAAUAAAGAAUUAUCCCUAUCAAGUGUCCAUUCAAGAACUCAACCAACAUUUAUGCGGAGGAACAAUAAUUAGCGAGAGACACAUUUUGACUGCUGCCCAUUGUAUCAUCAAUGUAAUGACACCACCAUACACAUUUUUCAACGUUGUUAUGGGAACAAGUUUCACUGAUAGAGGUGGCGAAGUUCAUAAUAUUACCACAGUGGACGUUCAUCCUGACUGGAUAGCUUCUGAGAAAAAUUCCUACCAGAAUGAUCUGGCUAUAAUCACGUUGACGAGCAAAAUCGUCUUCAAUAAGUACAAGCAGAAAGCCAUGUUGCCCAACAAGGAUGUCGAGGAUGGGAAGGAAGCUAACUUCACAGGCUGGGGAUUAAUUCGUCAAACUCCCGAUAUUUAUCCCAAGCAACUUCACAGGAUCAGAACCAUUCUCAUAACUAAUGAAAAAUGCCAUCAGAAAUUGGGUAAAGCCGUCGACAUUGUGAUCCACAAGACUCAAGUUUGCGCCUACAGUGCUCCCGGAAUUGGCGCUUGCAUAGGUGACAGUGGCGGGCCUCUUGUCAUAGACGGCGAAAUUGUCGGCAUUUCUUCCUGGACUAAAGCUGGACGCUGCGCUGCGGGUAGCCCAGACGUUUAUACCAACGUCUAUGCCUUCAAAGACUUCAUUAAAUCAGUUUUAAACAGACAACUAAUAGAUUCGUAA